GUGUGAUGUGGUGCAAUUUUCACAUGAUUCAAGCACUUGUGGGAUACUUUGGUAAGGCGUGGAGCUGAAUGCCCAGUGGAGUCGCACACUUUGGAGCCAAUUACCUGAAACUGAUUUUUAAAGAAAGUCAUUAAACAACUGCUAAACCCAGAUAACAUCCACAGCUGUGGGCUUACAGUUUGUCUCCCCACCUCACUGCCUUCCUUGUCAACAUAGAGUUUCGGUGUGUGUAACUUCAGAUCUCCAACCCAAGUGAUGAUGAGGAAGAAGUCAAAUGACUUGCUAAACAAGGUUUUCAUGCUGCUGUCAGCGAAAUAUGCAUAGAAAUAUGCUGUAGGACUGCUGCAGAUUCCUGAAGCAGAAUGUUCGUUCUUGGGUGGCCACUCUUGUGUGUUUUAUUGACUCUACACAUGUCAGCUUGUCGCUUGGAGAUUUUAGAACAUGACAGCCAUGACGUCGUUUGCUCACAGGGUCUCUAUGAAUGCACCAUGGAAGAUGAGAAUCCCCUUGAUCCCCAAAACUCUGUGGAGGUUCAGACACUAAAACCAGAUUUUAAGCUCUGCUGUAAGAACAAAACAGCGUGUACAUUAUGCCUAGUGAUAGACAUGGAGUUCUACAUCGAUCCAGAUGAAGAGGCUCAAGGUUCCUCUGGGUCACAAGAAGAAUACAGUGAGGAACAGGUUAAUUUAAAAGGAUCAUUGACAGUGUGUCAUCACACAGGCACUUUAAUUCCUUCAUGCAAGAAGGUGGAGUUUACAGUUAAUCACGCAGCUCUUAUUCAGCAACACCAGGUAAAGGUCUCAGUGGUGAUUGCUGAUCCAGGUGGCUUUCCCUUUGACAGCCGCCUGAUUGUUUAUAUCCCCCAAAAAAAUCUAACUCAAAAUGUUGUUGCUCCUUCUUUUAAUGAAGUGUGCUCCCAGGAACUGCAGAAAAUUGUACAACAGUGUCAAGCGCCCAAAAUCAGAAUUGCAGUAACCCCAGAGAAGAAUCAAGUGGAGCUGAAGUUUGAAGGCAGUAAUAAGACCCUCUUGAUGUGUGUCCAUUAUGAGGAGAAAGGAAGGUGUCGGAGCUGGGACAGGAUGACCAUACCACUGUACUCUGUGACACCCUGCAUGUGUAUUCAGAUGUGGGAGAAGGAUAACCAAAUGUCUCUACGUUCUCAACAAUGCCCCUUCAACAAAAUCGAUAUUCGGCAUGUAUCAGAAAAGAACGUAUGGGAAAAUAUAACCGUGUCUGGGCCCCGUGAGCAAGAGACCUUCGAUCAUGGAGCAAUGUUGUUGUCCUGGAACGUGUCUGCCCCCUGCAGGCUGCAUGGUGAAGUGUGGCUGCUUUACGAAGACGGCCUCAGCGGGAGUACCUUAAGACAACCGCUGGCAUAUGGCGCUGCAUGGAAACAAAACAACAAGGGACUCUGGGUGAAAACAUUUGUCUUUGAAAACAUACGCCCCAAGCCCUUACCAUGUUUGAUGAUGAGAGUAAAUGGGAUGGAACAUGACCUAGGUCCAUUCUGUUUUGACACAGCAGGCAGAUGGCGCUGGAGUCUCCUAGCUGUUGUUGGUAUGCUGCUGGCUUGCAUGAGUGUGCUCAUGUUUGGUGUCUUUCAUAAAUCUGUCAAGAACUGGGUGUGGAGCUGGCAACAUGGCGGCAUAGUAAAGAUUGGUAGGAGGCGUCAUGUUGUCCUGCUGAGCCCCCCAGAUGUUGAUGAUGGCAUUUCUGAGUUAGUAUAUCAGCUUGGGUCCUUCCUCAGCAACAAUGGCUUCAGCGUCUCCAUCGACCAGCGGAGCAGGAAGGAGCAGUGCACUUGGGGGCCUCUGCCAUGGCUGCAUUCACAGCUGCUGGAGUUAAACAGGCUGGGCGGCCGAGUUUUACUGGUUUUGACACGUAAAGCCUUGGAGAGAACAGAAGAAUGGAUGCACUGCAACAAAGAUAUUCUCAAAGGAGGAAUGGGGAAGGAAGAAAAGGAUGUGCCAAAGCUAUGGCCACCUUACUCUGAUUUGUUCACAGCCUCCUUGUUCCUCAUUCAAGCUGAUAAGCUGCUACGAAGGGCUGGUGAACGUUUCCUUCUGAUAACAUUUGAUUCCCACUCAACACAGACUCAAACCAGCAACAGGAGUUUACCGGAGCUUCUUCAGGGGCUGCCUCUGUUUAGGCUUCCCUCUCAGACUCAGUCUCUCCUCGCUGAGAUAAAUAUCAAAGAGACAGAGAGAGGAUCACGUGGAAUGACAUGGGCAAGGUAGAAGGACAAAAAAAAAAAGUACCAGACCAGCAAGAAGGCAUCAUCGUGUAAAUCAUUUAAAUCGCCCGCAUGUGCUUUAAUAACUAGUAUUACUUCUGUGUGCACAUAAAGAGCAUGAUCAUCUGAGUUGGAUGAAGAUACUACAGUAAUGAAGAAUAAGACUCAUGACGCUGUAAUAAAGAAUACAAAUACAGUCAACAAAUUUCACUAAGAGACCAAAAUCAAUAAUCCUUUGUUCUAACUUCAAGCAUGUUUAUUUUUGAGUAAGAGGUUAAUUUCUUGCAGAAGCAUCUGCUGCAGCAGGGCAGUGUGUAUAUGAAACUGGCAUUAAAAACUAAGUGACCA